AGGAGGGAGGGAAGGAGGGAGCGGAAUUAGUCAGUGAUAGAGGGGAGGAGAGGAGGAGAGGCGGCGGGUUGUUCUGCCGAAGUGGACGUGGCGGGUCCGGCGGAGUUAGCUACAAGUGACGGACAGCGGACCGAACCGAGGCGGCCAUGAAUCGGACCACCCGCAGGCUGGUCCCAGUCAGGUGUGGGUGGUGACGCCGUUGGACUCCCAGAGGAGGCUCUCAGGGACACACCCCCUACCUCCUGGCCCCUCCUCUCUCAGGACAGGUAGAUCUCUUCAGCGGCAGAGGGGGGAGCGGAGGAAGGAGUCAGGGAGGAGGAAGUGGAGGAGGAUCUCAGCGAUACUUCAGGUGUUGGAACAGAGUGAGGUGAGGAGGGUUAUCUCCGCCCUCCACCAUGACGGACUUGGAGACCGAGUGUCUGAGCCUCAGCCUGCCCCCCGAGUGCGGCUCCCCUCCGCCGCCCCUGGACCCCUCCCUGCAGGUGGACUGCGGCCCGGGGCCCGCCUCCUCGGCCCCGACGCCCACCCUGGCCCUCCUCUCCUCCGACUGCCCGACGCCGACGCUCAGCUCACUGGCGGCGGAGAUCGCCGAGCCACUGGUGAUGUUGCCAUGUGUGAAGAGCGAGCCGGAGGAUGGGGACCUGGAACCCAUCAGGACCGUGGACCUGUCAGAGAUCCAGCCGCUGUCCACUGCUGAGCUGGGCCAGGACCAGAUCAAGAUGGAGAUCAGCGGCCUCGACUACAUCAAGUCCGAGCACCAUGGUCACCACGGCAACCAUCACCUGGGCCCAUUUCACCACGGCGAUGUCACAGAGCUGGACUACAAGUCGCACUAUGAGCCCAGCUCUGUGUUCGACUACAUCUCCCAGGUGACAGAUACUUUGGAGUACAUUAAAUCGGACCACCAUGUGGACCUGCAGUGUUACUACACCACUGAGUUGAGCUCCCUGAAGUCAGAGUACCCAGAGUCCAACACCAUGUCCACUCACCUGCAGCACAAUGGCCUGGAGUCCAUCCACAUGGCCGAGCUCCGCACCGAGCUCAACAAGCUCCGGCCCGAUGCCCUGUUGAUGGAUGGCAUGGGCAAACUGGACCCUGAAUUUGGAGGGGGGGCACUGUAUGAGCUGCAGCCAGCUGAGGACAGGAAGACGUCCACCGAGGCGACAGCAACUGGGCAGUCUGGAGCGAGUCUGGUUAUCACAACCAAAACCCAGUGCCCGACGGUGAGGAAACCUCGUAACAUGCAGGGGGAGAAGCCUUUCUCCUGCACACAGUGCGGGAAGAACUUCAGCACGCUGGGAAACCUCAAAACCCACCAGCGCAUCCACACCGGGGAGCGACCGUACACCUGCUCGCAGUGUGGCAAGAGCUUCGGCCAGGCGGGAAACCUCAAACGACACCAGCUGAUCCACACGGGCCAGAAGCCGUACGUCUGCGCCCACUGCCCCAAAGGCUUCACCAAGGCAGACGACCUGCGAUCGCACCAGCGGCUGCACACCGGCGAGCGCCCGUUCAUCUGCAUCACCUGCGGGAAGAGCUUCGGCCAGUCGAAGGAGCUGAAGGCUCACCAGCUGAGCCACACGGGUGAGCGGCCAUACUGCUGCCAGCACUGCGGCAAGAGCUUCACCAAGGAGACCAGCUACCGCAACCACGUGCAGAUCCACACGGGCGAGAAACCCUUCACCUGCUCGCAGUGCGGAAAGACUUUCAGCAACUCCGGCGUCUUAAAAACCCACGAGAAGAUCCACACGGGCGAGCGGCCAUUUGGCUGCACGCAGUGCGGGAAGAGCUUCGGCCGCCUCGGGCACCUGAAGGCUCACCAGCAGAUCCACACGGGGGAGAGGCCGUACGCCUGCCCCCACUGCGGGAAGACUUUCAGCCAGUCGGGUCACCUCAAAGCACACGAGCAAAUCCACAAACGGGAGCGAGCGGACACGGCCAGCACCAGCAGCAGCAGCAGCAGCACCAUGGGCAGUGACAGUAGCUAAAACAAACUCCAUACCCUUUAACCUCGCGGAAAAACAAAGUAUUAUUCCUUUUUUAUAAAUACUAUCUAUAAAUUUUUUUCCUUAUGAAUUUUUUCUUACAUUUUCAUACCUUUUGUGCUCUUUUUGCAUUAUAUAUGUGGGCAGGGUGGACUCUGACUGAUUUGCUCUUAUGCAAGUGUCUGUGUGUGUGCACAUGUUAUGUACUGUGUGUCUGUGGGUGGGUGUGAUACUGAGGGGCUUGUAGAUAAUCUUUAAACUGGUCUGUCUGAGCUGUACUGAGGGUAGACUCUCUCUCUCUCUCUCUCUCUCUCUCUCUCUCUCUCUCUCUCUCUCUCUCUCUCUCUCUCUCUCUCUCGAGGACCAAGUACCAGUACUUAUUUUUUGAGUACUUACUGAUACACAAGCACAAAUACUUCAGUGGCCAAGUUUGAGUACUUUCUUAGUUUUUUAUUACUGAGACUGACCAGGAGCCUGUUUACUGAUAAUGAUCCAUCUCAAACUUUAUUCUUUUUUUCCAAUGCUUUAAAAUGUUUGCACGAGUUUCCUGACGUGUUACCUCAGAGCGAGCGCAGGUACAAGAGGAAGAGCUUCAUUGACGUCAGCUGAGUACACUUUAAAAUAUUUGUUAUACUUUAUGUAUUAAACAUACAUAUGUCAGAAAGCAGAAGAGUUUGAAACAACAUAAAGACAUUUUUGCUUUAUCAGAGAAUAAACAGAGUAUCUUUAGAGUUUCGUAGAUUGAACGAUUGAUCGGUUAAUCAUGAACAUGAUCAGCAGGUUAAUCAAUGAUGAAAGUAAUCAUUAUUUUACAGACCUGAUUCUCUUUGAUGUGCUGAAAGGCACUUGUGAUCUUUUAUAAAUGCUAAAUUGUAUACGCUGAUAUAUCCAUAGGGAUGGGUUCUAGCGUUCUGAUGCUCAGCAUCAAGAUAAUAUUAGACUGUUGGUGAAGAUGAUUAUUUUGGCACUGCUAAAGGAAAAAAAAGAAUCUUUCAUUGUGAAAUUAGUGAUUUGAUUAAAUUUGAGAUAAAAUGUAAUUUAACAGAAGACAGCAGUGUAGACUUAAACAUGAACAAAAAACAGAACUUUAGUAAAACAUCAAGUUUUGUUUAUUCCUUCAUUUUAAGAAGCUCUGAACCUGCUGUGAUCGUUAACGCCGUUGGGAAACUCGUUAGCUUAAGAAGGUUGAUCAGAUGGAUGUUUUUGGUGAACGGCGCCUGGUUCGGAUUGCUCAGUAGUAAAAGUACUUCAACUCUGGGGACAUUUCAGUCUUUUGCCAACAAAGUGCAAGUACUUUUUGAGUACUUGCUUCCAGUUUACUAGUAUUUUACUUACAGGUGUGGGUACUCGCAGGCAUACACUCUGUUACUGUAUUGUUAAAAAUCUGAUGAUAUAAUUUUGAUAUUUGUUAUUGACCAGUAUUGAUUGAUCAGGACAUACCACAGUGACUCUCUUUGUUGUUUGAUAAUCGGCUGAUACGACAUCCCUUUAGUUUUUGUAGCAGAAAAAUUGAAAUCAUUCCAGCUCCAACAGGACCAAACACAUCAGCACAAAGGAACCCAACCCCCAAACCCCCCGUCCAGAUCGCUCACUGUGUACAAAUCUUCUAUUGAUAAUGUCAUUCCUAAAAAAAUUAAUAAAAUUAUUCAGAAAAACAAACAGGAGCAAAAAAAGACAAAGGUGAUGCAGCAUCUUGUACUGGAAGAAGAAUUAUUAAAGAAACUAAUGGCA